AUGUAUCGAGUCGAUAAACGUCCCCACGAAGAAUUGGAAGCGUUGAACGGCUUUGUCCCUAAAUCAGACAAUGGAGCAAAAGAGUAUUGGGAAGAACUCAAGGAAGAUCCUUACCGUGACGGCAAGAUGCACAACAACAUUCGGGACGCAGUAAGUUAUAUCGGACUCAGAGUUCGGGACACGAGGGCGUUCGUCUACAAAAUCGACGCAGAUGGAAAGGAACCCUCGAGAAAGGGUAUCAACUCGAAGGAAUAUGUCACACAGUUCGAGUACAAGAAUAUUAUGGGAUGGAACUGGAUCAAAUGGGGCGAGAAGACCGAAUUUGUACCAAACACCAGUUAUGAACCGUCCAAAAAGGUCGAAUGUACUUGGAAGGACACUCGUCGGUCCAGGCCAUUCCGUUCGGGUCACUAA